ACCCCCUCCACUCCCCCCCAGCUUUGCACUGUUCUGUCAAUGGGAAGCAGGUGGGGAGCCAGCUCUACUAUGUGAUUGGCGUUUUCCCUAGUGCACAGGAAUUCCCUGGUGGCAUAGAGCCAGCAGAACCAGAUUUACCUCUAAGAGCUUGAUCCAGUGCAGGGGCACAUCAGAGGCAGUACCUAGAGUGCUGCUCUGCUCUGAUGAGCCUCAAGAAGUGGAGUGGCUCUGUGAAGCUGUUGCCAGCCAGUCCUAGUUAAAGAAGUUCUGAGGGGGCUUAAAUUGUGCUGGGAUCUGAACCAGACCUACCUUUCCCCCGCACCAGUUGAGCAAAGUGGAGCUCAGCUGGAGCGAAGGUUCAGCCUAGUGUGUGUAGAUUCUUUUCAUUGAAGGGUGGGAACUCCUCCUGCGUGGUUUUCUUUACGUCAUAUCUUCCUUUUGGAACUGUCAGUGUUUGGGGAGUUCUCUAUCGGAUGCAACGCCGCACACCUCUGCCUUGUGUGCUGCUACGGACGAAGACGUUUACUUAGAUUUGAGUCACUCACAAGGUCAGAUCUUCAGUGUCUAUCGGGAGAGCUGUGGCUGAAUACACAAAGCGAGUCUCUACUUCAGAGUUCUGAGAAAUGCCCCUGUGAUGGCAAACCGUUCACAAGCUCUGCGCCUAACUGCCGGGGAGAGGGUCAAAGCCCCGCAAAGAAGAAUUGUCUUUUUCCGGGGCAGUUUCUGGCUAUCUGCAAACAAACAAGCCCACCUUCGAGACCUGAACAGCAAGCGCCCCCAGAGAUCUGCUCUGUGGCAAUUGGAACAACAGCUUCUCUGCCCUAUACUCCCAAUGUACAGAGUGGGGUUUCCAGACGACACGCCGCCGUGUCUUCAGUGAUCUACAGGUCCUUGGGCUGGAAACCAGCGGUGGGUGGCCGCCAACACCAACGCAACGAGAGGACCUGGGACGAGCCAGCGGCUUGAUUCAAUUGGCACGGGUCUCUCAUAACUCCACCAACAGCGAUCUCUCGCUUGCUGCCAUCCAGAGGUUCCCGUGGGCUCCUGGCUCACUUCCCCUUGGAAACAAUUGAAGAGCAGCAGCAGUCUGUAACUGGAGCCAGGUUCCACUUUUACAAUUUCUUCAAUUUCUUGUCCCUGAAGCUUUGUACAAUUGAUGCCCCUAAGGUGCCAAAUCCAUAUAACAUAGACAGGAUGAAAGGCAUCCAUAACUGUCAAAGGUCAACGUGGACCAUGACAAAGGACCAAUAGAAUUUCCAGUUUUAGUGUGAUAUGUUCGAAAUGCAAGGAUAAGUAACAGUCAUCAGACGUGAAACUCAACAUGGCACAGGGCCAGCUAUCAAACAACUCUUUGAAGAACAGUUCGAUCCCUGUGUUCACUGGCCUUGACCUCCUCUUUGACCUGAAACCCCUCUUCAUUCCCCUCUAUGCCACUCUGGUGGCUGUGGCUUGCACCGGCAACUUGCUCCUCAUUCUCCUUAUCGUUGUCACCAAAAAACUGCACAGUACCACUAACUUCCUUAUUGGAAACCUGGCUGCAGCUGACCUGAUCAUGUGCAUUUUCUGCGUCCCACUGACUGCAUCCUAUGCCUUUGAGAUCCGGGGCUGGCUCUUCGGGGUGUUCAUGUGUUACUUUGUCACCUUGAUGCAGACUGCCACUGUAUUUGUGUCUGUGCUGUCCCUCACAGCUAUUGCAGUGGACAGAUAUAUUGUUGUUGCUUACCCCAUUCGCAAAAGGCUAAGCCGCAAGUCCUGUGUCUAUAUAGUGGCCUUCAUUUGGUUACUCUCCAUUGUGGUUUCUGUGCCUACAUCCAUGCACACCCAUUAUCUGGAUCUCAACAAAAUUGGCCAUGACAUGUUCAUCUGUGAAGAAUUCUGGAAGCACCAAGAGAAAGAGAGGCUGCUGUACUCAUGCUCAAUGCUCCUUUUGUCCUACAUGCUCCCACUUUCUGCAGUGUCUAUCUCCUACUGUGCCAUUUCUUAUCGCCUUAGGAAGAGGAAUGUCCCAGGGGCUGCCUACCACAACCAAGAGAAAUGGACCAAUAAAAAGCGAAAGACCUUCCGGGUUCUUAUUAUUUCAGUCAUGUGCUUUGCUGUCUGCUGGCUACCUCUGCAGGUGGUGAACCUCAUCAGAGAUGUAGACGAGGAGUUCACCAUCUUGGACAAGAGGUACGUGAAUGUCAUUCAAGUGUCAUGUCACUUGAUUGCCAUGAGCUCUGCCUGUUAUAACCCUUUCAUCUACGCCUCACUCCACGACAAAUUCCGAUUCCAUGUUAGUAACUAUUUUUGCCAUCACAAGAAGAGGUCCAGCGUCAUGUCCCGCAAGGCCUCGCGACUCAAUACCUGCUCCACGCUGGCAGACAUUCCUAUGGGCAUCACCGAUAAGUUAACCCUGCAAGGCAGGUUUUCUUUUAACUAAACCACAGCAGGAGAUCAAAUCAGCAGAGGUGGCAUGCACCUUAGUUCUGGGCUUGUUAUAUUGGACACUGAAGCAAGUGGUGCAAGUUUUGUGACACUGGUAAUUGGUCAUUUCAAGACAAUGUAGAUAUCUGAGAACUUGGCAGUAGUGCAAGGGAAACAAACGUAUAACAGUUUGUGUCUAAAGGGAUAGAAACAGCUCAUCUGAGCAACUGAAGUGUAUUCUGCUUUGUCAAAACAAGCAAAUUCAACAACAAAAAUGGCAGUCCUGUAAGUUUAAGUUAAUUCUGUAUAGUUUUUACUCAUUAAUAUUGUCCUCAUUUUGUAUAAGGUGAUGCUAUGGGAAUAGUAAGCAUUUCCUUUGACUUGAUUCAGUUCAAAGCUAAAAAAUUUUUACAUAUUAAACAACAGCCAUUUGCUCUGUUGCAACAGACCAGUAAUCAUGCCCUCAAGAUUAAGAACAUAUAUUUAACUAUUGUAUUAUAAAUAUAAUGAUUUUCAGAAAUGGCCUACAAAUAUGCAUGCUUAAUAUUGUACUUGUUUUCUGGUGCCUAAAGGUGCACAAAAAGUCAAGUUUGGAUCAGUAAAUUGUAUUUGGAUACAAAAACUGGGGACUAGAUGUCUAAUAGCUGUAUUUCUGUCAAAUGCUGCAUUGCCUAAAUUGCUUAUGAUUAUUAUCCAGAUUUCUAUGGCACAGUAUCUCUAUGCCAUGUAUAGAGGUUAGAUCCAGUCUAAAACAAGCAUUUC